CAGCUGUUGACACUUUGUGUUGCCUUUAUGUGAAUUAUUUUGGUCAAUAUUCCUGUUUGACCCGAAGUAUAACUAUAUUGAUACGACCUGUUAUUGACCGGAGUGUGCGCUGAAUACUAUUCCAUAUCAAGAUUACAUAUUUCUGUUCUAAUUAUUGGAAACUACUAAAUUUGUUGCCUGGGCGAGUCGCGUAGAUUUUUGAUGGCGGGGAAUGAUUCAACGGACACUGCUUCCUCAGUCGUAUUCGAUCGAACAAUUUCUAUGCAAACUCGACGUUCACGACCGUAUAGUCACCCAAGUGCCAUAUUCACGAACUGAAACUACACUGUUAUAUAUUUAGUGUAAAUAUUAAUCUAUAAUUUGACAGGGAAGUGCAUUGAAUAAGCAGAGUCAGUCGUUGUCCGAGUGUCAGUGAUCGCCUUUUGUCAUUUUGACUUUUUAUUUUAUUUUUAACGACCGGCUACGAUAAAUUUGUUUAGCUGAAUACUCAACAUGAAGUUACUUGAGAAUUCCCAGCUUGAAGCUAUCAGUGAUGCAUUGUCUAUCGAGACUGGUGAUUGUAAAAUUUACGGAAAGGUUGAGAGUUACUCAUGUAAAAUGGCAGGCAAUGAUAAACGCCUUUUCAAGACAAUGAGCCAUGACGGACAGUCUCCACAUGAGCUUCAAGCGCUGUCUCCUCCCCAAACUCAGAUGUCAUUGAGUCCUAACCGCCAGUACAGUCGAAGUACAAGCUCUGAAGGAGAAGGUCCACUAUGUGAUACAUGUAGUAGAAAGAUGCUUUUCUACCUUACAUCUACAUUGAAUGCUUCUUUUCAUCCUGACUAUGACUUCAGUGACACCAAAAGUCAUGAAUUCAGUCGUGAACCAAGUUUACAAUGGGUUGUCAAUGCUAUAGACAGCAACAUGUUUGCUACUGGAGGAGCGAUGUACUCAGCUAUCAAAUCUAAACUGUGGUCUGCUAUUGAUAAUGAAGUAUCUUUACCAGAAUGUGAAUUCUACAGUUACAAUCCUGAUUUGGAAUGUGACCCCUUUGGAGAAGGUGGUGUUCUUUGGUCAUUCAACUACUUCUUUUACAAUAAGAAGAUGAAACGUAUAUUAUUCUAUUCUUGCAGAGCUGUCAGUUCUUCAGCUGGUCAGGUAUCUGCUGAUUCUGGCAUUGGACAAGAUCUUGGAAUGGAAAUGGAUGGUGAUGACAUGCAGGAAGACUAUAUAGAUGAGGAUGAUCUCACAUAUUCAUCUCAUGAAAGAGUCACGCCAUUGCUGUAUUGAAGUAGCAUUUACUGAUAAUAAAAGUACGGAAAGCAGGGAAGGUUUUUAAUGAAAGCAACUUGAAAUUGCAUGCGAUAGUUAUUUUAUCUUGUACCAUUUAAAAUGUGUGUGCAAGGUUUACCCUAAUGACCGUCAUUUGGUGGAUUUUAUUUGCAUGUAUAAAUGCUUUAUGGUCAUAGUGGGGUGUGGAAUGCAUCAUAUGAUUUUUGCUGAAGAAGCUUUUUGUCCUCUAGUUCCAUAUACUGUUGAUGCAUUAGAGUUUCAAUUUUGCUAUUUUUGCUGAUGAGUGAAAUCGGCUAAAUUAUGUUUAUUAUGAGAGUAAGAGUACAACAGAACACAUUGUUUCCCUGGUAACGCAGUGAAUAAAAAUGGCAUCACACCUGAAUAUACAUAUAUCUGUAUUUCACUUUUGAAAUAAAUAAACGGUGAAUUUUCACACAAGUUCCCAGAAGAGAAAAAAGCUAGUGCUUUCCAGAAAGUUGUUUUUCGGUGUUGUUCUUGAGUUAUUUCAGUCUGUUAUCUUAGUUUGCUCAAGUUUAUGUUACUCAAAUUUUAGGUCUAACACAAACAGCCAAAAGGCUAAACACAAAACAUAACAUGCUGAGAUAACGUCAGCAAGGUAUCAAUCGACCUUAAAUACAAGUGAAAUUAAUGUGGUGACAAAAAAAAUUCAUUAGCUCAUACAAAACAAACAUAUUUUUCCACUCAUAUGAUUUUUGUAUAAAGCAGUCAUUCUACAGGAGCCGUGGAAAAGAAAGAUGUUUUUACCAUUUAGUAACCAGAAAUGUUUUAUUUUGACAUUCAUACAUUUAAUGUGUUUUGUCUUUUCCCUUUGACUGCGUGUUAAUGUUAACGUACGAUUGCUCUUGAGCAAAAAGAUCUUUGUGAUGUCAAAAUGUUUAAAAUAAAACUUUAAGUUUAAGUUUUAAAAGAUAACCAUUCAGUUGAAAACGUAGAAUCUGA